UGGGCCUAUAGAGAGCAACGAAGCGCUACACGGCCCAUUUCCGUAAAGCCCACGUUUCUACUUCUCCCACCCUCACCCUCACGGUGUUCGCCUCGCGCAGUCGCAGAGGCCGAGUCUGCGUGCCCUGCGGAACUGUUCAAUACCAAAACAAAACCUGAGGGAAACACCCCAUCGACGUAACCAUUCUCUGCAUCAAACCGUGGCACUUUCACACCCUCUCUCUUUCUCUCUUCACCUAACUAUCAAUUCAUGGCGUCAAAACCGCCACACUUAUAGCAAACAACCACCACAUCUUCACAAUCCCUCAAUGCAAUGCUCUCCGCCACCAUGGAUUUCACAAGGAUCUUAACCACUAAACCUCCCCCUUUCUUCACUCGCCCCGUCACCUGGAUCACCUCCACCACCGCCAACCACCUCAACUUCCCUCUACCGCCGCCACCUCCGCCGCCAGGCCCCAACCACGCUCCUCCACUCUCCCUACCUUCUAUCCUCACAAGCAAAGUUCUAGAUUCUUCCAAAUGCAAGUCGAUUUUACCCCAUUUAUCCCCUCACGAAUUCGACCGGUUAUUCCUCUCUCUCCACCCCACCGUCAACCUCAAAACCACGCUCGAGUUCUUCCGUUUUGCCGCCACGCGGUUCAAGUUCCCCUUCACGGUUCGUUCUUAUUGUCUCUUGAUUCGUUUGCUCCUGGCUUCGAAUCUUUUACCUCGAGCCAGGUCGAUGUUAACCCGUUUGAUCGAUGGUAACGUGGUUACGCCGAUUGGGAACCUUGAUGAUAGGCUCCGUGAAAUCGCGUCUUCAAUGCUGGAGCUGAACCGCGUCACGGGGCGAAAGCACGGUGAGCUGGAUUUGUUGCUUCACGUUCUGUGUUCGCAGUUUAAGCAUUUGAGUGUUCACUGGGCAUUUGAUAUAUUCACCACGUUUACCAAUAGUGGCAUCUUUCCGUCGCUGAAAAGUUGUAAUUUUCUGUUGGGCUCUCUGGUGAAGGCUAAUGAGCUUGAGAAGAGUUAUCAGGUGUUUGACGCGGCUUGUCUCGGUGUUUCCCCUGAUGUUUACACGUUCAGCACCGCGAUUAACGCGUUUUGUAAAGGUGGGAGGGUUGAUGAUGCUGUUGCUUUGUUCUUCAAAAUGGAGGAGCAGGGUGUUUCGGCUAAUGUUGUUACGUACAAUAAUGUGAUUGAUGGGUUAUGCAAGAGUGGAAGGUUAGAAGAAGCCUUUCGGUUUAAGGAUAAGAUGGUGAAGAACAGAGUGAAACCGAGUGUCGUUACUUAUGGGGCUCUUAUUAAUGGUUUGAUGAAGAAGGAGAGAUUUGAUGAGGAAAAUUCGGUUUUGUUUGAAAUGUAUAGCAAAGGGGUUGCUCCUAAUGAGGUUGUUUUUAAUGCACUGAUUGAUGGGUACUGCAGAAAGGGGCAUAUGGUUGAGGCAUUGAGGAUCAGGGAUGAUAUGUUGUUGAAGGGUGUGAGACCCAAUGCUGUUACUUUUAAUACUCUUUUACAAGGAUUUUGCAGGAGCAAUCAAAUGGAGCAAGCGGAGCAAGUGUUGCGAUACUUGUUGUCAAGUGGGAUGUCCAUUAACCAGGAUGCAUGUUCUUAUGUGAUUCAUUUGCUAUGCAAGAAUUCCAGGUUCGAUUCAGCCUUGAAAAUUGUUAAGGGAUUGUUGUCGAGGAACAUUAAGGCUGGUGAUAGCUUGCUAACUGUGUUGGUUUCUGGACUUUGUAAAUGUGGUAAACAUCUGGAAGCCAUUGAGCUUUGGUUUAGUCUAGCAGAUAAAGGGCUUGCAGCCAAUACAGUGACCUCAAAUGCUCUUCUCGAUGGUCUUUGCGAACGUGGGAACAUGGAGGAGGUUUCUGCAGUACUCAAGAAAAUGCUUGAGAGAGAUUUUUUACUGGAUAUGAUCUCAUACAACACACUUAUUUUUGGCUGUUGUAAAUCGGGCAGAAUCGAGGAAGCUUUUAAGCUUAAGGAGGAGAUGGUUAAGCAAGAAUUCCAACCUGAUAUUUAUACCUACAAUUUCCUGAUGAAAGGAUUAGCGGAUAUGGGAAAAAUAGAUGAUGUGAAUAAGCUUUUGAAUGAAGUUGUAGAACAUGGUCUGGUUCCAAAUGUCUAUACAUAUGCACUUUUGUUAGAAGGAUAUUGUAAGGUUGAUCGGCCUGAAGAUGCUAUGAACUUAUUCAACAAGUUAGUUGAUGAGGACGUAGAGCUAACUUCUGUUAUUUAUAACAUACUUAUUGCAGCUUAUUGUAGAAUUGGGAAUGUGAUGAAAGCUUUUGAAAUCCGUGAUGCUAUGAAUAGUAGGGGCAUUCUACCAACAUGUGCCACAUAUUCUUCUUUAAUACAUGGAAUGUGUUGUCUUGGCCGUGUAGAUGAGGCAAAGGAAAUUUUUGAAGAUAUGAGAAAUGAAGGAUUGUUGCCAAAUGUAUUUUGUUAUACUGCUCUAAUUGGUGGUUACUGUAAGUUAGGUCAGAUGGAUGAAGCUGAGAAUAUCUUACUGUUAAUGUCUUCAAACAGUAUACAACCUAAUAAAAUUACCUACACUAUUAUGAUUGAUGGUUAUUGUAAAUUGGGCAAUAAGAAAGAAGCGACUAAGCUUUUAAAUGAGAUGAUAACAAAAGGAAUAGAGCCCGAUACCAUCACAUAUAAUGCAUUGCAAAAAGUAUAUUGCAAAGAAAGGGAGCUAGAAGAAGCUAUUCAAAGUGAUCAUAUGCCUAAUACUGGAGUGUCGUUAGAAGAAAUUACGUAUACCACAUUGGCUGACAAGUUGCAUCCACAUGAUGUACUUAGCAAUCAGGAAUGAGGAAAUACUCAAAGUUUUGACACUUGGUUGAUACCAGGACUGUUUUGGUUGAGAAUGUGUAGUUAAGCUUAAUUUUAAGCUAACUAUUUGGAAUAUGAAGGUUUCAUAUGCUUGAUCUCUGGACAUGUGGACUACCGGCAACAGCUAAAGCAUUGUACUUUGGACUGGGCUUCUUAAUUGAAAAAUGAGCCUUCGAUUUCAAAGGUUUGAUGUUUGGGUGAUAUGCCACCAUAUUCUUCAAUGAAUUUCUCUUGCAUGUGGCCUCGAAUUGUUGUCAAGGCUUGAUGCUUCUAAGUGAGAAAGUUGUGUUCGUCCAGCUUGGUGGAGACUGGACAGCUUGGUGGAGACUGGAUUUGAAAAUGCUUGAGCCACUCUGCUGUACUCAGAGAGUGAGAUGAGCUCACAAUGUCUGCCAUAAGAGGAUUGUAGCUCUAAUACCAUGAAGGUAUGAACGCUGCAAUGGAAUACUUAGAAAGAAGGCAGAGAAAGUGUUGCACUCUAGAAUUAACUCGUAAUGAAUUGAUUGCCUUAUCAGAGGCUUACACAUGUAUACACGAAGGACUCAUACUAUAGAGGCUUACCUAACUUGUAACAGUCACAACAAACUUAUAACAGUCUCAUCUUUACUACAAACUAACUACUAGCACAGUUACCCUUACAACGGACUUUGGCAUGUGAUAGGUGUGUCAGAAGGUCGAGCAGAUUCUUGUUGUUAGAUUUAAAGGCAGAAUGCUCUUACAUUUAAGGUUGUGUUUCUGCCCUCAGUGUGCUGCAGAAUAGAUAAGAUGAUGUUUCUGGCCCCCCUGUGGUUUUCUGGUAAUGUGUGUUUCAAAGGGAUCACACAUUUCAUAUAUGGAUAGAGAUUGGGCAGAUUCACUGCAUUCUUUGAUCUUUUCGGGUUAUCUGGGUAAUUUACUUUUUCUGUUUGGGAGGACUUAUCCUUCUAUAGCUGUACUUCCUCCCCUUUUUCUUAUAUAAAAUUUCUUUCAAUGUCUAAAAGAAAAAUUGUUAACAAGUCCUGCAUAUUGUUAUUCCAUAAUUUUUUAUUAAUUUUUGAUAAUAAGAUUUAUGUACUAUUUGAUUUUUAUUUGUUGGUUGUGUAAUGGAUAUUUGUUGUCAAAGCCGGGAUUUAGUUUCCUUGUGCCAGGUUAAUGCCUGUAUACAAAUUAUCAUAUUGGUUGGACUUGAUUUCUAAUUCCUACGGUUUAUAGAUUUAUAGGUGUUUAUCUGGUGACCAACUCAAGCCAGUUCCAAACCUACUCAAGCAGACAUGAUUUGAACAAAGAAGUGUGAUAUAUAGUCAAGCAUCAAUAUUGUUAUCACCUUCUUUUCCACUUUUGUCUGGAACCUCUAUUGUAUGGGCUCAGCUCACUGCAUGGAUGGCGGAGCUCUUGGAUGUUGGAGAUAGCAUUAAAGAUUUGAGGAACUACCUAGUAUAUCUAUAGUAAACAUGGCGCAUUUAUUAGAUCCUCAUCAAAAAGAGAAUUGCUUUUUGGUUAAAGCAGAAGGCACACAAUGUUGAAUCUCUGCAAUGGUAUGUGCUGGUGGCAAAAGAGCUUGGUAAUUCGAAGCUUUCACGACGGCUUGCAUUAAAGGAGCAUUUGAUCUUUUUGACAAGUAGUUACAGGGCAGAAGUGAUUCAGAAUAUAGGCUCUGGAUAUAGUUUAAAGGUAAAAAAGUUAUUGAAUUUAAUAUACAAGCUGGCCAAUGAUCUUUAUUUUCCUGUCUUCAUUGUCUCCAUCUUGGACCUUUUGAAAGACGAGAGAAGAUAGAAGGAAAGGCAGAAGCACUGGUGGAAAGAUGAAAGGGGAAGGGGCAUUUCCAUCUGGGCUGUGCAUAUGCAAUCAAAUCCCUUCAAAUAUACUACAUGGUUCCUUAUUUCAAUACUGCUGAUUUCAAGGAGGAAAAAACUUGUUCUCUGUAUCAUGGUUAUUUGGUUUUCUAUAUAUUUUUUCCAACAUCAAAAGCCUUUUAGAA